ACACACACACACACACAGAGACAAACGCACGCACAAAGUGUGAUAGAAUUCCGAUCGAAAAUUGAUGUUGGGGAAGCGCAGCCGCCCUACUUUCGGGAGAACCAGCAGCAUGUCUCGAUUCACCGUCGACGUCGCUACCACCGAUGCGCCUCCUCCUCCUCCGAUCGGCGGCGAAUUCUAUCACAUGCUGUCGCCGCGACACGUCAGGCGGACUUUUUCUGGCGGUUUGAAUGAGGAGACGCCGGAUUUUCUCAGGAGCUGCGGCCUCUGCAACCGCAAUUUGGCGCCUGGUCGAGAUAUCUAUAUGUAUAGGGGUGACACUGCAUUCUGUAGCUUGGAAUGCAGAGAGCAGCAAAUGGACCAAGACGAAAGCAAAGAGAGGCGUGCCCCGGCUAAGGGUGGCGAAAUCCACCACCCGGAGCAGGCUGCCGCUGCCGCGGAAGCGGAGACUGUGGCGGCAGCCUGAAAAAAUAUAAAGUUAAUCUAUCAAAGUUUCUAAUAUUGUAGACUUGUAGUAUGUGGUUUUUGUGUUUAGGUGUAUAUUUUGCACGGAUGGAAUAUUAGCUCCCUAGUCCUAUUAAUGGUGCGUUAUGUUUAAGUAGAAAUAUGGCUGCAGAAAAGUGUAAGAAUGUUGGUAGAGAGUGAACUAAUCUAAUUAUAUGUUUUCGACA